AUCAACACAGCAACAGCUUCUCGCUUGAAAUAUCAUGUCCAACCGUGCAGAAGGUUGUGGACAAUGGCUCUCUGCAAAUACGAAAAGGAGAGAAACUAAAUUAGCUCCCCUGCAAGGUGGGAAAACGAAGAAAACGAAAAAGAAAAAAAAAUUUUCAAAUCUUGCUCCCAGACCAAUCGUACAAAUCUCUAGUUCACCCCUCUCGCCGAGAACGGUGAAAAAAUUGCGAAAUGCGAAGCAGACAAAGCUUAACAGGUUCUUCAAGGCAGAUGGACGACCCAAUUCGAAUGGCUGUCUGAAGAAUAACAGCGCUGCUUCGAACAGAGAAGACGAUCUAGAAAAGAAACAGGUGAAGAUUCCAGUGAAGAGACAUCGAGAUAAUUCGUCGUCAGGAUGCAGCACAGACAUAUUCAUGACAGAUGAGCAGCUCAUUGACAGUCAAGAAAAUGAAGAUCACAAUUCCACGGAAUUAAACAUCAGUGGGAUUUCUCACUUGAGUGAUCCAAGUGACAUUCUUGAUGAUCACAGUGAAAAUGAUUUUCUACUCAGAUCUGAACCAGACAAUAACAGAGCUUUCUUUAAAGCUCACACACUAACUCCACCAACCAAGAAGCAGCGAACUUUGAAUAGUGAUGCAAGUUUUGAGGAAAGCAAUAGCAAAGAUAGAGCAGACUCACUCUCACUUGAACAGGAACCAAGCCAGUCAUUUCAUUUUUCUCAGUGGAAAAAGGAUCAGGUGGCAAAGUGCAAAGAAAUUCAGGACAGAGAUUUCACCGAAUACAGUUUCUAUAACCAUGCGGGCAGCAUUACCAGUGCUGGAAGAGAGUGUUGUCACAACGUAGACCACUGCAAUGUGGGAGAAACAUCCUCUGAGACGCCACCCUUUGAGUUUACACAAUGGGCAAAACAACAGAUUGAUGCAUGCUCCAAAAUACAAAAGGAAACUUAUUCUCCAGAGGAUACACCUCAGACAUCAUUCAAUUCUAGUGAACAAAGUGAUUCUUUAAAAUUUAGUUCAAGGAACUUGACCAGUCAGGCUUAUUCUGAAUUUAAUUUUUCUGAGUGGGCCAAGAAUCAGAUCAAAUUAUGUAGAAAUCUCCAACAAACUGGAGAUACAGGAGGAAUAGCUUGGGUGGAUGAAAAUUGGGAUGAAUGGAUUUACACAGCAGGAAAGAUGCCAUGCACAUCACAGUUGCAUAGUGAAGAAUCACAAUUUAAGUUUUCACAGUGGAUGAAAAAACAAAUGCGAAAAUGUAGAAAUAUUCAAGAGAAUAGUGAAUAGAGAUCACUUGACCAUGAAAUGAGUUCUAAUGGGAAAUAUGAAACAGAAGCUCCUUAAAAUGUUAAGAGGGUAAACUACUAUCAACAGAAACAUGUUGAAAGUCUUGCUUUUUUGCCGAGAUAGAAUCUUUGUAGAUUGUCUGACUUGUGAUGUACACUUCAAGAAUGGUUUAAAUUAAGAAUUUGUGAAUAAAUGGCACAUUUUUCUAUUUGGGUAUAUUGUCUAACUGAGGGGAGCAUUUAACCCUUUAACUCCCAGAAAGAAUCAACAUGUAACUUCUCCCUAUAAUAUCCAUAGAUUAUCCAGUUAACAGGUAAUGAGACUAGUCAAUUUUAUUAGGUGGAAAUUGCUAUCUUGAUCCAACACCAAAUUCUCAUAACCUAUUCACAAAGAAAUGUCCAGUAGCUAGAGGGGAGAAUUAGGAAUC